AUGGUGCACUGGGGCACCGUCUUCGUGACGGUGACUGGAGCGAGUUUCCUGCUCGGACGCCGGGAACUGCCCAAGCUCGGGCGCUUUCUUGGACUCUACACUGGUCGCUCUAUCGGCGCUAUCCUCCGCGCCAAAAAGGAGUUCUUUGACGCCACGAAGGACAACGAUCUCGUCAAGCUCCAGCGCGAGUUCCAGCGUGGCAUUGAAGAGCUCAAUGACAUUCGCUCGGAGCUCACAAGUGUCGGGAGUAUGCGGCGGCCCUUCCAGCCUCGUGGAAACGUAUCCACUGGUGGUACUACGACUGGUCCUGGCUCGAGUGGUACAGUGAACCACUCGUCUGUGUCUAAAACUGUACUUGUGUCACCAACAGCUCCGUAUGGAGGUCGCUCGAGUGUUGCACUAGCGUCCACUGCCGACUACGGGGUGCAAGAUACAAAUCGACGCCAUGUCGAAGCAAGUUUGGCCAUGGCAGAAGUCAAGUUGCAAGAACAGGGCAAGUUUGCCACAAGAGUGGAGAGUCAGGAGGGAGGCGCAGAUUACGUCUCGGCGAGCAUCAUGGACAGUUUGUUGCUGGAUUCUGAGAAGACUGAGGUGUAA